UCUCGAAUAGCAAAAACGGUAAACCGUUUGCUGUUCGCAGCUGGUGGGUGCCACUUUAGUUCGUGGUUCGUCAAACCGCAAGCGGCACUGUUGCUGACAAAUAUAGUGUUAAAUAAUUUGCUCAACUCGUUGGAAUUAGAACUCAACUGAAAUGAGUAUCUUGGCGUACAAUGGAGGAGCGAUCAUAGCCAUGAAGGGCAAAAACUGUGUAGCUAUAGCUGCGGAUCGCCGAUUUGGUGUACAAGCACAGACGAUAUCAUGUGACUUUGAAAAAAUCUUUGAGAUGGGGCCGCAUUUAUUUCUAGGCCUUCCAGGCCUUGCCACAGACACACUGACUGUUAUGCAGAGGCUGAGAUUCAGACUCAACUUAUAUGAGCUGAAGGAGGAUAGAAAAAUCCAUCCAAAAACCUUCAGUUCAAUGAUUUCUAACUUACUAUAUGAAAAGAGAUUCGGUCCCUAUUUUGUCGAACCAGUAAUUGCUGGUUUAGAUCCUGUCACUUUUGAACCCUUUGUUUGUAACAUGGACCUGAUUGGUUGCCCUAAUGAACCUGAAGAUUUUGUAGUCGGAGGUACUUGCACAGAGCAAUUAUAUGGAAUGUGUGAAGUUCUUUACGAACCAAACUUGGAGCCAGACGAGCUCUUUGAAACCAUUAGUCAGGCUCUGGUUAAUGCUUGCGAUCGUGACGCUAUGUCUGGAUGGGGAGCAAUCGUUCACAUCAUUGAGAAGGACAAAGUUACAACAAGAACACUCAAGACGCGAAUGGAUUAAUGUAGUUCAAGCAAACUACAUAUCUUAAUUGUCUUUACUACUCUGUAUCAUUAAGGAAAAAACAAACGAAAAAGAAACGAAAUAAAAAAAUUUGUAUUGCA